CGCUGUAUUUCGCCCCGGCUCCUGCAAUCAGAACAAUAACUCCAGCAGAUGAGAAGGACCCACUAGUUACAAUGUAGCGGGUCGCACGUAAAUCCUGCGCUGUGCUGUUGCUUUUUUGCAUCAAUUUUUAAUGUGAAAACCGUCAUUAUGUGGCUACCGUCUGAACACGAAAAAUACGGCGUCGUUCUGGCCAGUUUUCGUGGGACGGGACAGCAUGGCCUACCGCUGGAGAUUGGAGACACUGUGCAGAUCCUGGAGAAGUGUGAAGGCUGGUACAGAGGGUUUAUCCUUAAGAACCCAAAUGUGAAGGGAAUUUUCCCAUCAAGCUACAUUCACUUGAAAAAUGCUCAUAUCAAGAAUAAAGGGCAGUUUGAGACCGUGGUACCGGAAGAGGACCCGGUGAUUACGGAGAUGACUUCCACACUGAGGGAGUGGGGAACCAUGUGGAAGCAGCUCUAUGUGAGGAACGAGGGGGACCUCUUCCACCGACUGUGGCACGUGAUGAACGAGGUGCUGGACCUGCGGAGGCAGGUGUUGGUGGGCCACCUGACGCAGGACCGCAUGCGGGACGUCAAACAGCACAUCACCGCCCGCCUCGACUGGGGCAACGAACAGCUGGGCUUGGACCUGGUGCCGAGGAAGGAGUUCAGCAUGGUGGACCCUGAUGAGAUCAGCGUCACGGAGCUGUACAAGCUGAUGGAGCAGCGGCAUCGCAGGAAGGAGGCACCGACCCCGCCCACUGUGCACCACUUGCUCGUCCAGGUGAAGAGUCUGGUGAGCUGCAGCCUUGCAGAGGAGCUGCAGGUCUGCUUCAGCAUCUACGACAGCAGGGACGGCCGGCCUCUCAGUGAAAGGUUUUUUGUUAGGCUGAAUAAACAUGGGAUGCCGAAAUCGCCAGAAAGAGCAGAACGCCAGUGUACCCUUUUCACGGAUUUGGGCAGCGGUGAUCUGCGGAAAGAUGUAUAUAUCGUGGCUCACAUUAUAAGAAUAGGGCGCAUGGGAGCGGGAGAGAAGAAGAAUGUCUCCAGUGUGCAGUACCGAAGACCCUUUGGCUGUGCUGUUAUCUGCAUCGCAGACCUCCUCACGGCUGACUCCAGGGACGAUCACAACCUCAAGGUCUACACCUGUAACACAGAGAGCGAGUGGUACCAGAUACACGACAACAUCAUCCGCAAAACGAGCUCCAGGUACAGCCUGCUGGGCUCCAGCACGGGCCUCUCCAUAUCCCUGCAGCUUCUCCAUGGCGACAUGGAGCAGAUCCGCAGGGAAUAUAUGACCCUCUUCACCUGCGGCAUCACCAUCACCAGGAAGCUGGGCUUCUCUGACAUCAUCAUGCCAGGUGAAAUGAGGAAUGACCUGUAUAUCACCCUGGAAAAGGGUGAGUUUGAGAAGGGUGGGAAGAGCGUGGCCAGGAAUGUGGAGGUCACCAUUUACGUGCUGGACAUGGAUGGACAGAUUAUCAAGGGCUCAUUGUGGGAAGGUUCCGGAGAGCCAGGGGCUGACUCCUUUCAGUCUAUCGUGCUCUAUCACAACAAUAGCCCCCGGUGGGCGGAGCAGGUCAAGCUGCCUCUUCCCGUGGACACGUUCCGAGGGUCACAUGUGCGCUUCGAGUUUCGCCACUGCUCCACAAAAGAAAAGGGCGAGAAGAAGCUCUUUGGCUUCUCCUUCAUCCCCCUGAUGCAGGAAGAUGGACGGACGUUACCCGACGGCACCCAUGACCUCAUUGUUCACAAGUGUGAGGAGAACGCCAACCUGCACGACUGCUGUCGAUAUCUCAAGCUGCCCUUCUCCAAGGCAAGCAGCCUCCCAGGGAACCCACAGGCUGCGAAAAGCAGCAAGGAGUCCUUCUGCAUCACCUCGUACCUCUGCUCCACCAAGCUCACCCAGAACGGGGACAUGCUAGAUCUUCUGAAGUGGAGGGCCCACCCCGACAGGGUGGGAGACAGCCUGUCCAAGCUGAUGGAGAUCGAUGGCUCUGAGAUCGUCAAGUUUUUACAGGAUACGUUGGAUUCUCUCUUUGGCAUUUUAGAUGAAAAUCCUCAGAGAUUUGGGUUGAAGGUGUUUGACUGCCUAGUUCAUAUUAUCAAUUUGCUGCAGGACAGCAAAUUCCAGCAUUUUAAGCCAGUGAUGGACACCUACAUCGAAAGCCACUUUGCGGGGGCUUUGUCAUACAGGGACCUGAUCAAGGUCCUGAAGUGGUACGUGGAUCGCAUCAUUGACGCUGAGCGCCAGCAGCACAUCCAGCAGGUGCUCAAGGCAACAGAGUACAUCUUCAAAUACAUCAUCCAGUCGCGGCGGCUAUACGCCCUGGCCACCGGGGGGCAGGGCGAGGACGAGUUCCGCUGCUGCAUGCGCGAGCUCUUCAUGUCGCUGCGCUUCUUCCUGUCCCAGGACGGCAAGGCCGCCAGCCCCGUGACCCAGACGCAGGCAAUUUUUCUAAAGAACUUCCCGGCCAUGUACUGCGAGCUGCUGAAGAUCUUCACUGUGUGUGAGGUGGCUGGCUUCGUGCGUGACACGCUGGGUAGUCUGCCAAUUACCAGUCAGGCAGACUGUCCCUUGGAGGCCGUCAAGUUACAGUGCAUCGCCAAGACGGUGGAGAGCCAGCUGUACGCCAACCCCGAGUCCAGGUGCAUCCUGCUGCCAGUUGUCCUGCAUCACCUCCAGGUUCACCUCCAGGAGCAGAGGGAUCUGGUGAUGUGUGCCCAGGUGCUGAGCAGUGUGCUCUCAAUCACCAUGAGGGACAACACGGACCUGUCGUCGGCCGAGGUGGUGAGCGCUAUCGUGCGGAGCCUCCUGGGCGUGCUUCUAGUAACCAUCCUGGAGGUGACCAAUCGGCCACAGCCGGCAGGGACAGCCAUGCGACUGCAGUUCCAGGACGUUACGGGCGAAUUCGUAGCCUGCUUACUGGCUCUGCUGCGACAGAUGACAGACAGACACUACCAGCAGCUGCUGGAGGGAUUCGCCAGCAAAGACGAGCUGAAGGAUUUCCUUCUGCAGAUAUUCACAGUCUUUCGGAUUCUUAUCCGACCAGAGAUGUUCCCAAAGGACUGGACUGUAAUGAGACUGGUCACCAACAACGUUAUCAUCACUACUGUGCUGUACCUGUCUGAUGCCCUAAGGAAGAACUUCCUCAACGAGGGAUUUGACUACAAGGUCUGGGAUUCCUACUUCUACCUCUCCGUGAUCUUCAUCAACCAGCCCUGCCUGCAGCUUGAGAGCUUCUCCCCAACGAAGAGGAAGAGAAUCGUAGAGAAGUAUGGUGACAUGCGGGUGAUGAUGGGCUGUGAGAUCUUCAGCAUGUGGCAGAAUCUGGGGCAGCACAAGCUGAACUUCAUCCCUGCCAUGAUUGGGCCCUUCCUGGAGGUGACGCUGGUGCCGCAGCAAGAUCUCCGCAAUGUCAUGAUCCCCAUCUUCCAUGACAUGAUGGACUGGGAGCAGAGGAGGAGUGGAAACUUCAAACAGGUGGAGGCUAAACUGAUCGACAAGCUGGACAGUCUGAUGUCUGAGGGCAAGGGGGACGAGACCUACAGGGAGCUCUUCAACAGCAUCAUUCCGCUGUUUGGGCCCUACCCUAGCCUCCUGAAGAAAAUUGAGCGUGAGACAUGGAGGGAGAGCGGCGUCUCCCUGGUGGCUACCGUCACCCGGCUCAUGGAACGGCUGCUGGACUACAGAGACUGCAUGAAAGUGGGGGAGGUGGACGGCAAGAAGAUCGGUUGCACCGUCAGCCUUCUGAAUUUCUACAAGACAGAGCUGAACAAGGAGGAGAUGUACAUUCGCUACAUCCACAAGCUGUACGACCUGCACCUGAAAGCGCAGAACUACACAGAGGCCGCCUAUACGUUGCUGCUGUACGACGAGCUGCUGGAGUGGUCGGAGAGGCCGCUGCGCGAAUUCCUCAACUACCCCAUGCAAACGGAAUGGCAGCGCAAGGAAGCCAUGCACCUCUCCAUCAUACAGAACUUUGACCGUGGCAAGUGCUGGGAGAAUGGGAUCAUCUUGUGCAGAGAACUGGCAGACCAAUAUGAGGCAUAUUAUGAUUACAGGAACCUGAGUAAAAUGAGGAUGAUGGAGGCAUCUUUGUACGACAAGAUCAUGGGCCAGCAGCGGCUGGAGCCGGAGUUCUUCAGAGUUGGCUUCUACGGAAAGAAGUUCCCCUUCUUCCUCCGGAAUAAGGAGUUUGUGUGCAGGGGCCACGACUACGAGCGCCUGGAGGCCUUCCAGCAGCGCAUGCUGAACGAGUUCCCUCAGGCCAUCACCAUGCAGCACGUCAACCAGCCUGACGACACCAUCUCCCAGGCCGAAGCACAAUAUCUGCAGAUCUACGCCGUGAGUCCGAUUGCAGAGACCCAGGACGUGCUGGCGAGGGACAACGUCUCUGAUAACAUCAAGAGCUUCUACAAGGUUAACCACAUCUGGAGGUUCCGCUAUGACCGGCCCUUCCACAAGGGAACUAAGGACAAAGAGAACGAGUUUAAGAGCCUUUGGGUGGAACGGACAACUUUGACCUUGGUACAGAGCCUGCCUGGCAUCUCUCGCUGGUUUGAAGUGGAGAAACGGGAAGUGAUGGAAGUGAGCCCGCUGGAGAACGCCAUCGAGGUGAUUGAGAACAAGAACUUGCAGUUGCGGACCCUGAUCACGCAGUGUCAGGCGAGACAAAUGCACAACAUCAACCCGCUCACCAUGUGCCUGAACGGGGUGAUCGACGCCGCUGUCAACGGGGGCCUGACACGCUACCAGGAGGCUUUCUUUGUGAAGGACUAUGUGGCGAGCCACCCAGAGGACUGUGAGAAGAUCGGCCGUCUCCGCGAGCUCAUGCUGGAGCAGGCACACAUCCUGGGGUACGGCCUGGCUGUGCAUGAGAAGUUUGUGCCACAGGACAUGAGGCCUCUGCACAAGAAGCUGGUUGACCAGUUUCAUCUCAUGAAGUCCAGUCUGGGAAUACAAGAUUGUCCACCCUACCUGCCUUUUGCCAAUGGAAGCCCGCGUACCUACAUGGGCUCAAUGGUCAAUGCCGUGAGCCCUGAUGGUGGGCGGGGAGUGAUGAGACGUGGCCCCAGCACCCUCAGCUACCCGGCAGCGAACCGCUACUCCUCGUCCUCGCUGUCCUCCCAGGCCUCAAAUGAAGUGAGCAACAUUACGGGCCAGUCGGAGAGCUCGGACGAGGUCUUCAACAUGCAGCCCAGCCCGUCUACCUCAAGCCUGAGCUCCAAUCAUUCUGCCUCCCCCAACGUCAGCAGCUCCGCCCCCUCCAGCACCAGAGGUUCACCGCUGUCAUCUGAAAUGAAUAAGCAUUCCAGAGAGAGUUCCUGCCUCUCACCCCGGGACAGACCCUGCAGCGCCAUCUACUCCAACCCCCUGGAUCCCACACAGAGGAUACUGCCACACCCUAUGGGAGAUGUCAUGUUGCCGCGCAGUGACCCCAGUCUCUCGGCACCAGACAAAGGAUCUCCGACGCAGACCCUGAGAUCGCUGUCCCCGGUCCCCAUACGCACAUCUCCACAGAAGAGUUCCGUGCCCCCCUUCACGCCAUCGCCGACUGAGUGCCAGUCGGGCGGGCUGGUGUCCAAUUCGCCAGCGCUGUCAGGAAGCUACAGCAGUGGCAUAUCUUCGCUGAGCCGCUGCAGUAUGUCGGAUGCUUCGGGCCUGGAGGCCCCGCCCCCCGGGGAGCUAGCCCUACCCAGCAUGCUCACUGCCUCUGCGUCGGGAGGCUCCGACGAGCUCCUGCGGCGUGACAGCAAGACACCGCCACCAUACAGUGUUUAUGAGCGCACCAACCCUCGGCGCCUCGUGCCUCUCCCCCACGGCCUGUCUGUCCUGCCCGGGGUGGAUCCUCCUGCCCUCCCACCCAAGCCCAGUCAGAUCCGGGGCACCAAGCUGGACUUGGAUCCCCGAAGGGCUGAGCAGGUGCCUCGGCCCAGACCGCUGCCCAGGAAGGUGUCGCAGCUAUAGCGGCAUCUGCUGGUGCCAGCGGCUUAUUUUGCACUUAGAUUGUGUGUGUUUUUUUUUUUUUUGUAAUCCCAAGACUGCAAACAAAAUAUGAAAACAGAUUUUUAAAUAGUUGUGAUUAUUUUUUUUUUAUUAUUAUUUCUUUGGUGACAUUCAGUCCAAUUCAACAUUCAGUACCUUUAGGACUCAAGCCCAAAUAUAAAACUUAGGGAAAAAACUGUUGAAAUUGCAUACAUUAAAUUAAUAAAUAUUUUUGAUAGAUGUAUAGAUAAAAUACAUGUAUAUAUUGAUUAAAAGAAAACUUUGUUUUGCCUUAAAUGUAAAAUCUUGCUGUUCUUGAGGGCCUGCAGAAAAUUCCUUAAGUCUUUACUGUUAUGAUUCACAAAGAAGUGCUGGAUGGCUCUAGCUUGUUUUUUUUCCCCAGAAUAGCUGAAUAUCUACCCAUCCGUUUGCCGGAACAUUAUAUGUGCCAUAUGAAAGACCGAUGGGAUUUUCAGAGUAAUGUACCAAAGGAAUAUAUAAACUCUUUUAUAUAACUGGAAGAUUAGAAACUAGGAAACUGACACUGCUUGAGGUAGCAGUGAACUUCUGUUUGCGUCGAUUUUGCAAAAUCAAGGCUGAUUUUCUGGCUGCAUGAGGCUGGGUAAAACAGUAUUGUCCAGUAGUAGGAUUCCUUCUAAAUGUGCCGAGGUAGAAAGCAUAAGACUCAGAAAGCUUGGCUAGCUUCUCACUACUCUGCCAAUAGCAGAGUAAUCAUCUUAUGGUCAGUGGGGGCAAUAGCAAAUGUGGGGUGUGAGAAGGUAUCGAUGAGAUUGUUCAUUUUUUGUGCUAAGGUCCUAGAUUGGCAAAGCACUUGCACGAGGGGGUCCUAUUCCAACAACCACAAAAUUAAUAUAUUCCACUGGCAAAGGGUUUGUCAACCUUGUCCGCAGAGAGAUAUCAAGCUACGUGUUUGUAUAGCCGAAUAUUUUUUGGGCAGUUUCUCUAAAUAGUUUGGCACCGAGGCAGUGCCACUGACUGGGUGUGCAGUAAGCUGUCCGUGUUAUAGUAUCCAGAGGCUCACGGGGAAAACACAGGUGGCUGGGAAGUGUUUUAGGAAAACAUUGUUUUGUAAAACGUUUGUGGGAAAUAUCGAUUGUCUCUUUGCGUGGUUUUUGACUAUUCAACCACAGUAUUCAUUGUAACUUUAACAUUUUUGUAUUUUUUUGUGAAUUUGGGAUUAAAUAUAUUUACAUGAAUUGCUACUUCUGAAAAUGUAAAUUACAUUCAUGAGACUGUUGUAAGUAUACCAAAUAGGUUGUUGAAUACCACUAUUGUACAUAUGUGUUUUUAACAAGAUGUAGCUAUACGAAUUUGCAGCUUUGAAUGUUCCAAGAAGAAUUAUAAUUAUAAAUGUUUAAUAUCUAUGUUUAGUGACUGUAGAGAGAGUACAUUGAUUCAUAACGCACUCAAAUAACCUGUUGAAUAAAACACACUUGGAAGACAGUUUUGCAUAAGACUGACAUAGUGGUAUAUUUUAUGUAUGAAAACAUUGUCAGUCUCUUUCCGAAAUUAUGACAUUUUAUUGUCCACUCUAUGAUUUAACUGCACUUUAUUCAUAUUGUAGAGAAUGUGAUAGUUUUCUUUGUUCAGCAUUUGGACUGAUCUCAAAGGAUAUUCCGUUUUACCCUAAUAUGAUGCGUUUAGUUAAUGACAGACGAAUAAAGUACAAUAUUUGUGUGUUUCGUAAUCAUGUUCUUGAUGCAACAUGCCUUUAAACGAAUACAUCGGGCAUACAUUAUCAGCACAAAAAUAAAAUCCUUGAAUUUAAUGCAA